AUGUGCACAUCUGAUACGAAAAUGACAAGAGAAGGUCUUGAUCUUGCUAUUAACGACGAACAUCUACCAAGGAAGUCUUCCCGAACAGUGACAUUUACCUUAGGCUCUCCCACCUCAUCGUCGAGAUCAUCGUUAUGCUCACAAGAGAAUGACUCUACGUCGUUUGAAACUCCGACUGAAGAACAGCGAAUACUUCAACAUUCCGAAUCCUGUACACUCGAAGAUUCUCGACGUCGACCACUGAUUGAAGAUCCGUACCAAUUAACACCUAAUCUACAAAUUCUUGAUGAUUGGAUGAUUAUUGAUAGCAGAACAGUUUCUGUCAUGCAUUACGAACGUACGAUAUCAUACAAACAUACCGUUACGACUACGACGUCUUAUGUAUUGAUCCGAACAACUGGCAAAAAUCGACGGGAACUAAGUGAAGCACAUGGAUUUUCCGAAGAACAAAUUGCUGUAUUCGAAGAAUCAUUUUCGGUACUGGAUAGAGAUGGCGAUGGAAGUAUCUCGAAUUCGGAAAUACACUCUCUUAUGAACUCACUUGGAUAUUCGCCAAGUCACGAAGACAUUUCAUCUGUGAUAUCAAAAGUAGAUAUUGAUGGUGAUGGUAGUGUCGAUUUUGACGAAUUUCUGAUCAUGAUGCAAAGGCGAAAAUCAAUAGGUGGAAGUGGAACAGAAUUACAAAAAGUUUUCAAUGUUUUCGACAAGAACAAAGAUGGUUACAUCGAUAAAGAUGAACUAUACGACAUGCUCGCAAGACUUGGUGAACAUAUAACUGAAGAAGAUGUGAUAGAAAUGAUCUCUGAAGCUGAUUGUCUUGACCACGAUGGGAAAGUAUCCUACGAAGAAUUCAAAGCAAUCUUGCAUCCGAAAUAA